UAACGUUUGAAAGAGUGUUAAGGAGAAAACGCUGCGUGGCUUUCUGGAGGAGAGAGGGUUUGCAGUCAGCAACAUAUUGUUGAAAGGAAGUUCUACCGUCGCUGACCUACAAGAUCCGACAGUCGUUGAGAAAGCUAUUGUUACUUUAAACGGUUUGAAUCUUCAAGGUCAAAAUAUGCAAGUAGACGCUAUGGCCCGCCGCAGUCGUAAGGCCACAAAGGUCCAGAUUAAAAAUCUGCCAUCACAUGUUACGCGGGAGGAAGUUGAACAUUUGAUUAACAGCACUCUUGGGACAGGAACUGCUCAAAAAUAUGAAGAAGUUGGAGCUGAAGGAGCAGUAUAUGUAACAUUUGAUACACCAGAACAAGCACAGCAAGCUGUAACAACACUGGAUGGUUAUAACUUUGAUGGUUCACAAAUUAAGGUUGACUUCGCAUCCAACAAAAGUCCUAGACGGCCAAGAACCACUGUAAAUAAUAACUCAGGAAUGAAUCGACCAGAACUUCCCCUUAGGAUAGUUGUGGGCAGUGAGUAUGUUGGUGCAGUUAUUGGAAAAGGAGGACAGACAAUCAAAAACAUAACUUUCCAAAGCAAAGCCAGAGUGGACAUUCAUCGACGAGAUAACAUAGCCCCUGAAACACUUGUGACAAUCAAAGGUUCCCCUGAGGCCUGUUCAAAGGCUUGUAAAGAGAUAAUGAAAGUUGUACAAGCAGAGGCACAGUCUCUAAACAGAGGAGACUGCCCAUUGCGAAUUCUGUGCCCAAACAGUUUGUGUGGCCGAAUUAUUGGAAAGAAGGGAAAUGUUAUAAAGAGUUUUAUGGAAAAAUCCGGCACAAAUAUUGUUGUUUCAAGCUUUGAGUCACCAUACCCUGGCAGUAUGUCUGACAUGAACAGUUAUUACAUGGAUCGUGUUAUAACUGUGACUGGAAAUCUUGAUGAUGCCAUUAAAGCUGAAGAAAUGUUAAGUGAGAAGAUGCGCCAGUGUUUUGAGCAGGAUGCAAAUAUGUAUCAGCAACAGCAAAUGAUGUUUGGUGGCCUCCCAACACUUCCCAUGAUGCCAGGUGGCAUGAAUAACUACCCAGGUGUACGGCCUCCAUAUCCAUAUAUGGGUGGGAAUUAUUAUCCUAGUACAUUUGGAGGUCCAAGUCCUAGCACACCGCAACAACAGCAGCAGCUGGAGGUUGUGUACCUGUACAUACCUGAACAGUCUGUAGGUGCUGUCAUUGGUAGCAAGGGCCAAAACAUCAAAAACAUCAUGCGUCUUUCUGGUGCCCGAAUCAAGAUAAUGGGAGGAGAGAGCAAGAACAGCAAUGCUACCAGUGACAAGCCUGGACAUUCUGCUCCGCAAGCAUUGGAGGAAAGGAAGGUUAUCAUUACUGGCAGCCCUGAGGCUCAGUGGAAGGCUCAGUUCUAUAUCUUUGAAAAAGUGAAGUCUGAAAUGAGGUUAGCUGCUCAAGAUGAGGUUCAUCUACGCUCUGAAGUAGUUGUACCUAAAGCUACCAUUGGACGCAUCAUUGGCAAAGGAGGACAGAAUGUUAAGGAGAUGCAGAGGGUGAGUGGAGCAAUAGUUCAAGUGCCAGAAGACCAGGGAGAUGUAGAAGAAGUGCCUGUCACUAUCAUUGGACAUUUCUAUGCUUGCCAGUCUGCACAACGUCGGAUCCGUGCCCUUAUGACUAAUGUGCAGGGAAUACAACAGCAACAGCAGCCUCGUCGUGGAGGUCGCCCUGGACCAGGGGGUCAGCAACAGGCUAGCCAGCUUUCUCAGAUAAAUGGCAACUAGUAGGAAUGCAGUGCUUGUUAAUCCUACACAAGGCCCAUCAUCCUGCGCAAACUGAUCCAUCAUCAGGCCACAUGAAAGUGUACAAGGGUCUGACCAGUCUGUCCUGUUCUCCUGGCCAAACACCAAAGAGCCUGUCAGCAUCUUCCUCUGUCUUUAUUUUCUCUUAUUUGUCUUGUUUCUUUCACUGGAAUCUGGCAAAAAGGCCCAUCUUAAAGGUAAUUUUAAUUCCGAUUUCAUUUUUCUCACUUGCUCAGAAGUUAACCUUGACCACUGAGCAGUCACAAUAUGCACUUUACCAUAGUCUUUUUUGCAUCAUUUUCUGACCUGAUCUACCACUUUAUCUAAUUAGCAACAUAGCACAAUGUGUGAUUGAUGUAUCGGCGAAUACAGUUUCCACUGCUCUCAUUUUCUCUCUUUGCUUAUGUCACUGUGAAGAUAACUGUCUAUAUGACUGGCUGCUCCUUGUUGGUCAAGGGCAUCUAGACAAGUGGCAGGAUGAUGCUAACAGCAAAAAGAUAAGAAAGUAAACAAUGGUCCUAUUCAGCUUGUUCAAGCUAGACAUGGGUUUCCCUCUUGCACUGGUGGCAGCUAUGUUAUCAGCCAGAUACAGGGAGGUCAAAUUUUGUAAAGAAUGUAUUUUUACUGAAUGAGUUUGAACAAAUUUUAGCUAGACCAUUGUUGAGUGCAUGAUCGUGGUCUUUUUGUAAUGAGAAUGGUUGAGAGAGUUUAUUUUUGAUACUUGCUGAAAUGGAGGAGUUUUUUUCUUUUUUUCAGUUAUUGUUUAAGAUGUUUAUAAGUGGGAUACGGUUUUGUUCCCACCAAAGUUUAAUGUUAUUGACUUAAGAAAAAAGUUGCUGGACAGUGUACUUUCUAUUUCUAUUCAGUUUCAAGCAAUACCCAGAAAGAUGUUUGUGUCAAGACACUUUUUUUUAAAAAAAAAACCAGAUCUAACUCUUAAAAAAAGUUUUUGUCAGUAAUGGCAUCAUUGGCUAGUCAUGUGUUCCACUCACCAUUGAAAUGACUGCUGUUGCUGUAUAAUAUUUUUCUUUUUCAGUUCAGUAACAGAAAAAUUCCUCCAGUGCAAAACAACUACAGCUUGUUGAUGCCUUGUAUAAAGUCAUAAUAGACAGUAAACCUGCCCUUGCUCUUCAGUGUUCAGCUUCGGGAGAAAAUGAAAACACAGAUCUUUUUUCUUGCCCCUACCCAACUAAAAUGAGAAAUACAUGUGUAUGGUGGUACUGCCGAUAGAAAAACUCUGUACAUGGAUGUACUUGCAUUCGCAUUGUUCCGCUCAUCACUACAGCGUAGUUUUCCUUUCUUUGUUCUAUAGCCUGUUAUAAUUUUCAAUUUUUUAAAUCUCUGAACGAAACUCUGCCUGGGUUUACAGUUCAGAAGUGUGUUUAUCUGCAUUGUAUUGAUGCUUAUGGAAACUGCAUAUUUUGCAUUUAGACCAUUCUCAUUUUGACAUGCAAUCUUGUGAAUCAGAUUUGUUUGAGCCAAGUCUUGGAUCGUCUUAAAACAAUCUGUACGUUCAAAAGCACAGGCACAUUGUGGGUUGGGAAAAAAGGAUCAAGGAUUUAAAUGAGCUGAUGAUCCCUCCUUACAUAAUAAUGUGCUUUUGGGAUUGCUGUACAGAACCUUUGGGGAAAAAAAACAAGGUUUUUGUAUUUUGCAAAAGGCUAUUUUGCUACAGAAAAAGUGGACUGCUAAAGCUAAAAGAUUUUUGGAGACCAUUUAGGUGCUUCAGCAUAUUUCCAUAAAGUGUCUGGAUUUAGAUGAAUUGGCAUAAUUUUUUUUUAGUUAGUGUUUUAAUCAAGCUUUUUGGUAAAACUUGCAAAUGCUUAUGAUUUGAGAAGUUGGAUUCCUGAAAUUAUACAGAUUUUGACUUGUCCAAAAGUCUUGUUGGGUUGUUGGCAUGUGUAAUCAACCAGCUUUUUUUUUCUUUUUUUUUUCACUUUUUAAUUUUUCUUCCUUUGGCAGUGGACAUUGAUAAUUUUAAGUCUGCCGUCAUUGGUGUGGCUGUCUUAGGCUUGGCUCAAACCCUGUCGAAUCAGUCGUGGGUCUGCUCAGAGCUAGCACACUGUAGACUAGCACACGUAUGACUUAACAUUGGUUUCUCUUUUUGUUUGCUUACAAUUUGAAACAGUUUUUCCCUUCCUUGGAUGGACAAAGCAGAGGAUAAUAUUGGGCAACAGUAAAUAGCUUUGUUUUGACCUGACAAAAGAACAGAGUUGUUUUGUUGUUGCCAUAAAUUCCACUGCUUACCUUUUUAGGAUGAUUUUGUUUUUGGUUGAUCUUUACAGUUUUACAGUAUUGCAUGUAUCGUGUUUCUGUAUUGAACAACUUACAAAUACUUAAACUACUUCCAUACAGCAAGACAGAAACUCUGCAAUCUUACAACUCCCACUAUUGCUUCCCUUAUCCCACUAACCCCCUCCCCACAAAAAAAAAAAAAAAAUGAAAAAUGAAAAAGGUAGUCAAGUUGACUUGCGAAGAUCAUUCUUUUUUCCUGUUUCUGUACAUCAAUGGCAGGCAAUUUCGAACAUUUCUGGUCUCCUUACUACCACCCAAAAAUAAAUUAUUCUAGUUACAAA